GAUGGCGAAAUUCUUACUCUUUUUCCGAGGAGCAGGGUUGGAUGGAAAGUUACCUCGAUAAAAUUGGCAAUUAGGCUAGCAUUAUCGAUUCUUAGCAUCGUCACCGUCGCUCGCUGCCUGCUGUAUUUGUUUUAGGUGUAGCUAAUACAAGCGAUCGUCGUUAUAUUACGAGAAAAGCACAUCUUCAUCUUGCUAACUACUAGCUGGGUUGCGUUUGGUAGCUAACGCUAGCAUGUCACAUUUUGCCUUGUCCUGUGUUUAUCUAGGUAGCUAGCUUGUUAUACGUCUCAGGUGUUGCAGACAGUAGCUGAUCAUCGGGGCUCGCUGACGUUAAACAUUUCUGGGAAGAGCUGCAGAGGAAUCAUCACUUUCGCAUCGGCGUUUCAGUCAAGACUGCUGCCACUGUGCCGACUGACUGAGAGUACCUCUUCAGUGGUGUGAAUGAGGGAGACAUGGCAGACCACACCCCACCUCUGGAGUCCGGCCAGCUUCUCAGCCCUGAACUCCCAAUCCUGGCUUCACCACCACCACCAGCCAUGGUCAACGGGGAUGGCCCCCAGCAGGUAAUCCUGGUGCAGGUAAACCCAGGUGAGGCCUUCACUAUUCGACGAGAGGAUGGUCAGUUUCAGUGUAUCACAGGUCCUGCUCAGGUUCCCAUGAUGUCUCCAAAUGGUUCAGUGCCUCCAAUCUAUGUGCCUCCUGGAUACGUUUCACAGAUCAUAGAAGAGAACGGAGUGCGGCGGGUUCUGGUUUUACCUCAGCAACCAGAGUUCCACCCAGGGGGGCACUCCCCUCUCCACCACCCUCCGCCUCCACCCCAUGCCCACCUGCCUGCCUUCAUCCCGCACCCUGCCAUGAUGCCCCCGCCACCCCACCUGUACACUGGCAUGGCAGGGGGUGUGGGCGACAUGAGUUCUCAGUACAUCUCCCAGUACCAUCCAGCUCAUAUCUACUCAGAGCAGGUCUCUACAGAUUCUCACUCCCAACAUGGGCGCCCACCGUUCGUUCACAGAGAUGACAGAACUAGCAAAACAUAUGAGCGUCUGCAGAAGAAAUUGAAGGAGCGUCAGGGAGGCGGAGGGGGAGGACAGAUGAAGGACAGCCCUCCCCUUUCGCCACAGAAGACUUGCGUUAGCCCCCCGACAGUGGACAUUCACAAUGGUGUCGGAGGGAAAGGGCUGGAGGCGGAGCAGGGGCAGCUCAGCCACGCAGGGGCCGGUCCUGACAAGCAGGCGGGCAGGGGAAAAAACGGAGAGUCAGGAGAGCUGAACGAGGAAGCUCAGGCCCUGCAAGAACUGUUGAGUACUAUCAGUAAACCAGUGGUGUCGGACAUCCAAGCCAGAGGAGUGGUAGUGAGCUGGAGUGCGCCCGCCAGGCCGGAGAGUGACGACAGCAAUGCAGAAGACGACAACAGCUCCCUGGAGCCCCUCAGCUACGAGGUCUCCGUUUCAUUUAGCGGCAAAGAUGGGAAGUUCAAGAGCAUGUACUGUGGAGACGAACUAAGUGCUACUUUAGAAGACCUUCGACCAGCAACGGACUAUCAUGUCAGGGUCCAGGCCAUGUGUAACUGUUUACAGGGAAGCCCGUCAGAGGCUGUGAGCUUCACCACAUUAAGCUGUGAGCCGGAUCCUCCCAAUCCUCCCCGGAAGGCCAGCGGGACCAAGAACACGCUCGUACUCCAGUGGAAGGCUCCAUGUGACAACGGUUCCAAAAUCCAAAACUACAUUCUUCAGUGGGAUGAGGGGAAGGGCACUGGAACUUAUGAACAGUGCUACUAUGGACCUCAGAAGCAGUACAGAGUGACCAAGCUUUCACCAGCUUCAAGAUACUCCUUCCGCCUUGCAGCCAAAAAUGACAUGGGUGGAAGCGAGUUCAGUGAAGUGGUGGACCUGUUCACCUCAUGCAGUGUGCCAUUGCCACCCUUCCCUCCAGAGCUGGAGAUGGCGGGGGUGACCUGGCUGUGUCUGAAGUGGCAGAGACCCAAUAGCUCUCCAAAGGAGGAUGACAUCUACUAUAUUUUGGAGAUGGAGGAGGAAGGCUCAGGAUAUGGCUUCCAGCCAAGCUACGAUGGCGAUGAGCUCUCCUGCACCGUCAGGAAUCUCCACAGGAGUACCAAGUACAAGUUUCGGGUGGCGGCAUACAACUCGGAGGGGAAGAGUAACCCUAGCCAAGUGGUCGAGUUCAUCACAAAACCAGACAGACCCAGCAGUCCCUGCAGACCUGUCAUCAGAGGAAGAGUCCUGCCCAACAGCUUCAAGAUGGCCUGGGAGCAACCGAAAGAUAACGGUGGUGCAGAAGUCACAAAGUAUGUUGUGGAGCUGUCUGAGGGUUUAAGCGGCUUGUCAUGGGAACUGGUGUACUCGGGGCCAGCUAUGGAGCAUGUGUGUGAAGGCUUGAAGCCCGGCUGCUCCUACCAGACGCGAGUUUACUGCAUGAGCGAGGGGGGGCAGAGUCCGCUGUCGGAGACCCUGCAGGUCCAGACUCCCGCAGUGCCCCCAGGGCCCUGCCAGCCCCCUCGGCUGGUGGGCAAGCCCAAAGCCAGGGAGGUGCAACUGCGCUGGGGUCUCCCUCAGGUAGACGGAGGCAGCCCAGUGUCCUGCUACAGUGUAGAAGUGAGCGGGCCGCAGUCUGAGGAGAGCAGGGAGGUUUACCAGGGUCCAGAGCUGGACUGCUCCGUGGUAGGCUUAAUGCCUGGCAAAACCUACAGCUUCCGUCUUAAGGCAGCGAACAAGGCUGGGUUUGGCCCUCUUUCGGAGCGCUGUGAGGUUACAACCGGCCCUGGGGCCCCUGAGCAGUGCAAGGCCCCUUCCACCACAUGCAAAUCCCCCAGCUGUGUUGUUGUGAGCUGGGAGGCCCCUCCUUGCAAUGGAGCUGCGGUGACAGAGUUUCGUCUAGAGUGGGGAGCUGCUGAGGGCAGCAUGCAGGUGUGUUACAGUGGACCAGGACUCAGCCAUGAAAUGAAGGGGCUGCUGCCUGCAACCAACUACUUCUGCCGGGUACAGGCUGUGAAUGUGGCUGGCGUGGGCCCCUUCAGCGAGGCAGUGUUGUGCCAGACACCCUGCUCCGUGCCUGCGGCCGUCAGCAACAUCUACACGCUGAAGGAGUCCGAGCUACAAAGGUACGAGACUCCGGUGGAUGCGGAUGAGGAGGAGGAAGAGGAGGAUAGCGGUUCCCGGCCACCACCGCUCUACUCCCCAUCCACCUGUCUGGGUAUUUGCUGGGACCCCCCGUGUGAUCACGGCUCGGAGAUCACUUCCUACCUGAUUGACCUCGGAGAGCGCCAGCCCACUGUCAUUGGUCCCGUCACCAAACACAUCAUCCAGCAUCUGCAGCCUGACACCAGCUACAGGAUCCGAAUCCAAGCCCUGAACAGCCUGGGAGCAGGCCCCUUUAGUCACACCUUUAAGCUGAAGACGAAGCCUCUGCCCCCACAGCCACCCCGGCUGGAGUGCACUGCCUUCAGCCACCAGACCCUCAGGCUCAAGUGGGGUGAUGGCCCAGCCAAAGCCGCCACCUCAGACGCCCUCCAGUAUCAGCUGCAGAUGGGAGACAAGAGCGGCAGAUUUAUAUCCUUGUGUAAAGGACCAUGCCACACACACAAAGUCCAGAGGCUUAAUGAGUCUACCUCUUAUAUGUUCCGCAUCCAGGCCUUUAAUGAGGCGGGCGAAGGGCCCUUCUCCAAUGUUUACACAUUCACCACCCCACGCUCUCCUCCAGCCCCUGUGAAAGCCCCUAAAGUGGAGCGUCUAGAUGACAACUCCUGCGAGGUCACAUGGGAGGCCCUACCGCCCAUGAAGGGGGACCCGAUCACCUACACCUUGCAGUGCAUGAUGGGAAACUCUGAGUUCAAACAGGCCUACAAAGGCUCAGCCACAUCCUUCCAUGUGCAGAACCUGCAGCCCAACAGCGACUACCGCUUCCGGGUGUGCGCUAUCCGUCAGUGUCAGGAUGCCCCGGAGCUGAGCGGUCCCUACAGCCCCACGGUGACCCUCUCCCCCCAGCGGAACGAUGUGGCGGUGGGCGGCGGUGCGGCCGGCUCGGGGUCCAGGGCCGGCACGGAGUCCAGCCGAGCCAGACGGAGCCUUACGGACGAGCAGUGCGCUUUCCUCCUCCUCAUGGUUUUCGCUGUCAUCGCCAUCCUCAUCGCUUUUGUUAUCCAGUACUUUGUCAUUAAAUGAGAAGUUUGCGCCACCCAGCUGCAGGGUUAUAGCUUUAUUCUUUCCCCUCUCUCUCUCUCUGUUGUUUUGUAUUCUUCAUUUUAUACUUAUUGUUUUCCGUUGUCAACAGAGUGAUCGUAUUACUAAAAUGGGGGUGUAAAGGGGAGGAAGGGCUAGUGGGUGAGAGCUGAACAGCAGUUAUAAUUUGAGGGUGUAACACCUUAUUUGGCACCUGUGAUACCUUCCUGACUCUCCUGCCAUCGUCAUCCCGCCCCAACUUUGUGGUAUCUGUUGUUCGGUUCCGAUUUCCGUUCCAUUAUGAUCAGCUUCCUGUGCAUAAGGAACUCAGAAAGAGGAGGGAUGUGGUUUAUUAUAGGGGAGGGGGUCGGGGGGGGAAGGGGCGCUUCGACUCAUAUACAGUAUGUAUGUGUAUAGAAAUAGUCAUUAUUUAUAUUUCCAUUUACGUGUCCAGUAUGAAACUGUUUUUGAUAGGUGUGUUCCAAAAAUAGUAUGUAGGUGUGUCAUUAGCCUAUGUGCUAUUUGAUCCUGGGACCUGGUGGGCCAGUGUUUGCACAGUGAGGUGUGUGUGUGUGUGUCCAGAUGCGUAUAUUGUAUGUAGUUUGUGCCACCGAGGUACACGGCUGGGAGGGCUUUAGGGCCAGAUGAAGGGACUUUAGCCCCUGCUGGAGUUUAAGGGGUCUAGCGAGAGGAGAAACGGAAAUGAAAAUCUUGCUCACGUUAUAGAACGUUCAUUUAGCACUUUCCAACCUUUUUUGAUGUUCAGAAUGUGUAAGGAUGCAAAAAUGACUGGAGAAAUGUUAGUAUAUUUUUGUACAGUGAAGACACAAGGACCUGUAAGUUUGUGAAAAAAAAAUCCUUAGUAUAAAGUUAGAAAAUAAACAAAAACCAAACUAACAGCGAAUUCGAAUUAUUUUUACUAUCAUAUAGUUAUACUGUAGCUUGUUUUUACAAUCAUGCAGCUGCUUUACUCCGAAAUAUUGUUGUUCAGCACAAAAAAUGUAUGCUUAACUGUAUGUUUUGUUUUAUUUCGGUUUCGUUUUUUCCCCGGUAAUUGGUUUUGCACCUUAGUGAAAGAAAAACCUUGACUGAUUGCGUCCUGGUCUUGUGAUGCAUUUUAUAGAACACACUUUGAGAUUGUGCAAGCCCUACUUGUGUUUUGGGUGUUUUAAAAGUUGUAGUACCACAUAAUGUGUCACUGAAA